UUCGUAUUGCUUUCUUGCUUUCUUGCUUUCUUCUCUUAGUAUUCUCUUAAAUACCUAUAAGAUUUCUUGCUUCUUUUUUCCACCGCACCACCAGAUAUCAAGCACACUUUAACCUGAUACGCUUUGAAAAAGGGAGGUUGAAACUCAGAUAUGGAGAAUACUCAUUACCAUGCUAGCCACCCAAAGCACCCACUGGAGCUCAAGUCACAUCACGAACCUGCCUACAAAUGCGACGGCUGCAAAGAAACAGGCUUUGGAAAGAGAUACAGAUGCGAUCUAUGCGACUUCGAUCUCCACAAAGAUUGCAUGUUUCUCACCAACAAAACAUCGCAUGCAUUCUUCAAAGGUUCGACGUUCGAGUUCUUCGAACAACCACCGCGACAUAACAAGCGCUGCAAUAACUGCAAAAGAUAUUGCGAUGCAUGUGGAAAACAAAUCAAGGGUUUUGUUUACCAUUGCCAAAAGAAUGAUCUCGAUUUGCACCCUUGUUGCAGUAAUCUCAAGGAAGUACUUAAAAUCGAUGGCAAAGAGUUCCGGCUCAGUGAAAGAGUAGAUUCGAGCUGUUUUUGGUGCGGAAAAGUGAAAGUUCAAGGCAGUUUUUCCGGUGCAAGAGGCUGGUCUUAUGUUUCAAUGUGCAAUGAGUACCAUCUCCAUGUUCAUUGUGCUACUGAAAUGGUUUCCGAGGUUUGGAAAAAUAAAGACAAGCUUGGUAAUGAUAAUAACAAUAAUAACAAUGGCUGUUUGGAUUUGGAGAAUUUGAAGCUUCCGAAGGAUCUGGCAAAGUUGAGGAAAGAUGGCGCAAGGGGUAAUAAGUAUUGGAGGAUUAUAAAAGCAAUUCUUAGGACAAUUGCUUGUAUCCUUAUGGGUGAACCAACCAUUACUAUGACUUGCCUCGUUGUUGAAUUGCUCACAUAAAAAGUGUUUAGUCUUAUAUUUUUC